AUGAAGAAAUUUUUUGAGGAUUUGAAAAAUGAAUUUCAGAAGUCAGAUAAUCCAAAGGUCAGCUCAACAAACAACACUUGUGCUGAAGAGGAAUCGGAAAUCAUUAAUAAAGAAAAUCUACUUACAACAUCGAAUUCGCAUCCGGUUGAACCGACUCCAGAGGACUUGAAAGCGCCACCGACCACACCUAAGGUUCGUUCGUCGAACCUGACCGAGUUGGCGAAGGCAAGAGUUAGGACCUUUCAGCGAAGAACGCCGGCAGGACAGACAACGCCGACCAUCUACAUCUACAACCACCGAGGCAAGCCGACGGAGGAUGUGGGUGGUCCGAAGCAGACUCUUGCACAGAAGGCAAAGGCGUUUCGGUGCUACGCAGAUCUGCAGAGCAGGUCGGAGCCCGAUUUAGGUAGGGGAAUGUGUCUCUAA